AAACUGUACACGAGCUGAAUUCGGAGGAUUGAGUGAAAUAGCAUUUUCGGUUCUGUACUUUCAGCCACACCACACUGAGGAAAGUGCAGAAGCUCUGCAUAUGCGUGUGUGAGAGGGAUUCAUGCCUGCAUACUGGACGAGGUGACAAAUUAGGGACCACAGGUGAGUCCGCAAGAGAACUGCUUUGCCGAGAGGACCUUUCUAGCCCCUAACCACAGAGAAGAAUUCAUCUCUCCAGCUGCUCCUCCGAGUUGGUGGUCCUGAUUUGUUUCAACUCUAAACAAGAAUAGAAAAUGACAAGUACUAAAAAGUGCCAAGCCGAGUAGCCGUGUGCGCUGCAGUUCAAAUACGUGCUCUCCCAUGGGCUGAGAUCUCCGUGCCCGGGCGAGAGAAAGGGCUACAAAGGGUUAAGCCGCUGACUUGCUUGCUAGGCAAAGUUUGAGGAAGAAUAUGUCUGAGGCUGAGUACGCCACAGCCCCGCGUUUGAAAUCUGUCACCCUCACUUAGAAGCUCUGCAUCUCUGGUUGUCACCGGUGAGCAAUGAUCACACGGCGAUAAGAUCGCUCCGUGGCGCUCAGCCGGAGCCGCCGGGGGAAAGAGAAGGAAAUUGGGAGGCGUUUAACCGCUUUAGAAGGGUGUUCUUCAGUGUCAUCGGUGGGUGUCAGGGUCAAAUGACCGGCUGGACAUCAGCUUGGAAAGAAAAUUUCCUUCCUCCUUUCCUUGAAAGAAACUUUGGGCGAUGGUGACCACUGGCAGCUAUGGAAAACAGAGACCUUGAUGGUGAUCCUUAAAAUAAUACCAUGCCGGAUCCUAGCUGUUCUGCUACUUUCUCCCCUUUCAACCUGCCCGACCCGGUGGGCUUUGGGUGACUACCGAAAAGGACCCAUCUCCGCAGGAGCAGGCAGGCCAGAUACAGCAGAUAGCUGAUAUGAGGACUUGCUGACUUCGGAAAGUUGUGUGUAACGCUAACAGACUUCAGUGAAAGAAAAUAUUACCCUUCCAAGCAACUCAUACACAGACGACUUUUGGUAGCUUUAAAUUAAUCCGUUGCUCACCUGCAAAGACACAGCUAUUGCUUCUUUCAGCAGACAUGGAGGAAGGCAACAAACUUUGUAAUCCUGGCUAAUGAGACUGUGGCUUUCUUAUCAAAGUAAGAGGCCAGUUAUAAAAGGAUUAUUUUAUAUUUUGCCUCCAGGACUUAAACUCUGGACCUGAACACUGGACAUGAAUAGAAGCCAAUUUUAAAGAACUGAGAAUUUGCUAUCUGUGCUUUAUUAUUGUUAUAAGUUCUCUAUAAUUUUGGUACUUAAUUUCUUGAAAUUCGAAAUGGGUUCCUGGACUAGAAUGUGGCCCACAGAUUGUGCUGUUCUCAUGAAAUCAUGGCUUAUCUUUUCCCUGGGGGUCUACAUGCAGGUCUCCAAAACUAUGGCCUGCCCAAAAGUGUGCCGCUGUGACCGAAACUUCGUCUAUUGUAAUGAGCGAAGCUUGACCUCAGUGCCUCUUGGGAUACCGGAGGGUGUAACCGUGCUCUACCUCCAUAAUAACCAAAUUAAUAAUGCUGGAUUUCCUGCAGAGUUGCACAAUGUCCAGUCUGUGCACACUGUCUACCUGUAUGGCAACCAAUUAGAUGAAUUCCCUAUGAACCUGCCCAAGAAUGUCAGGGUUCUCCAUUUGCAGGAAAACAACAUUCAAACCAUUUCUCGGGCUGCCCUUGCCCAGCUUUUGAAGCUGGAAGAGCUGCAUCUGGAUGACAACUCCAUCUCCACUGUUGGUGUUGAGGAUGGGGCAUUCCGGGAAGCCAUCAGCCUCAAGCUUCUGUUCUUGUCCAAGAAUCACUUAAGCAGCGUACCAGUAGGCCUUCCAGUGGACUUACAAGAACUUCGAGUAGACGAAAACCGCAUUGCUGUCAUUUCAGAACUGGCCUUUCAGAAUCUUACAAGUCUGGAGCGUCUGAUUUUGGAUGGCAAUCUCCUUACUAAUAAAGGCAUAGCUGAAGGCACCUUCAGCCACCUCUCAAAGCUCAAGGAAUUCUCAAUAGUGCGGAAUUCACUGACUUACCCUCCUCCUGAUCUUCCAGGUACCCAUCUGCUAAGGCUUUACUUGCAGGACAACCAGAUAACCCAUAUACCACUUACAGCCUUUUCAAACCUUCACAAGCUGGAACGUCUUGAUAUUUCCAGCAAUCAACUUCGGAUGUUGGUAAAGGGGGUAUUUGAUAAUCUCCACCACCUGAGGCAACUCACUGUAAGGAAUAAUCCCUGGUUGUGUGACUGCAGUAUUAAGUGGGUCACUGAAUGGCUCAAAUUUAUUCCCACUUCCAUAAAUGUACGGGGUUUUAUGUGCCAGGGACCAGAGCAGGUCCGAGGUAUGGCAGUCAGGGAACUUAAUAUGAAUAUGUUGUCAUGUCCCACCACAACCCCUGGCCUGCCACUUACCAUCACCCCAGUCCCAGUAACAGCCAUGCCAACUACAUUGGUUCCUACCCCAUCUGUUCCUUCCCCAAGUAGCAAAUAUAAUCCUCUCACUCCCUCCAUAGCCACACUCCCCACUGUGCCUGACAGGGAGGACAGAGAAAGGAUGACACCUCCUGUAUCCGAACGGAUUCAACUCUCCAUCCUUUUUGUGAAUGACACUUGCAUUCAAGUUAACUGGAUGUCUGUCUUUACUGUGAUGGCAUAUAAGCUCACGUGGGUUAAAAUGGGCCAUAGUCUAGUAGGGGGAAUUGUCCAGGAACGAAUAGUUAGUGGUGAAAAACAGCAUUUAAGUUUGGUAAAUCUGGAGCCAAAAUCCACUUAUCGAAUUUGUUUGGUUCCCCUGGAUACUUACAACAAUUAUCGAACUGGAGAAGACACUGUCUGUUCAGAAGUCACAACCAAGGCUUCCUUUUUGAGCAAUGGCAGCAACAACCCUUCCAGCCAUGAGCAGACAACUUCUCAGAACCUGGGCUCCCCAUUUCUGCUGGCAGGGUUGAUUGGGGGUGCAGUGAUAUUUGUCCUCGUGGUCCUGCUCAGCAUUUUUUGCUGGCACAUGCACAAAAAAGGGCGUUACACCUCCCAGAAGUGGAAAUAUAACAGGGGACGUCGGAAAGAUGACUACUGUGAGGCAGGAACCAAGAAAGACAACUCCAUCCUGGAGAUGACGGAAACCAGCUUCCAGAUUGUCUCCUUAAAUAAUGAUCAGCUCCUUAAAGGAGAUUUCAGACUGCAGCCCAUUUAUACCCCAAAUGGGGGCAUUAACUACACAGAUUGUCACAUCCCCAACAACAUGCGAUACUGCAACACCAAUGUCUCAGACCUGGAGCACUGUCAUACAUGAUAGUGAAAGGAGAUGGGGGUAUCUAGGACAAAGAGAAAAAACUCUGGAAAAAGUAACCUCCCAACAACAAUGAAAAAAUUACAUUUGAUAAAUGUUACCCAGAUGCAUUUAUGCAUUUGAAUACUCUGUAAUUUAUACGGUGUACUAUAUAAUGGGAUUUAAAAAAAAAAAAAAAGUGCUAUCUUUUCUAUUUCAAGUUAAUUGCAAACGGUUUUGUAACUCUUUGCUUUUUAAAUCUUUAAAAAAAUAUUGCUAAGUACUGUACAGGGUUGUACAACAAGAACCCAAUGUCAUGGCAAAGGAAAGAAUAACUCAUUCUUCAAACAUUAACCACUUUGCUGUCGAAGCUGUCUGAGGGAUGUUAAGUUUCUAGAUGUCCUGUAGUACAGGAAAAUAAGUGCAUAUUAAAACAGGGUCUCUAGGAACAGACAAAAGCAAUUCAGAUAAAAUGGGUACAACCCUUCUGACUUGAACUUGACAGCUGCUAUUGAGCUUCAAACCAAUUGGACAUACAUCCAUUCCCUUCUGUCAGUUCUGCAUUUCCUACCUCCAGCUGAAAGCUGGAGUUCUAAGUGCUACCAAAAGGCUUUAAUCCUGCUUGAUUAGUUUUCUCCCAAUAUACUUGGAACAGGAAAGGUAGACAGAGCUCAGUGUCAAACUCCAAGUGACCUUGGUUCCUAUUUGCAAAAGCUACUCUGAAAAUAUCACCCAAUACUAUACGCUUUUACAAUAGAAACUGUUUCUGCUCUGCAUUAUGAUUAAGAAGCUUUAGGCAUUCUCUGACCCUUCUCAGCGGGAGAUGAAGGUUAUCAGUAUGUAACAGAUAGCUGUCAUUAAGUUGCACCUCUCUUUAAUAGAGCAGCAUUUGUUGACACAGCAUGUUCAGGUAAAGCCUGAAUGAAGGGAAUUCUAAGUGCCCCCAGCUCUGCAGUAUUCAUAUAGAAUUUGGAAUCUAAAAGUGUAAAUUUAUGAAAAAAUAAUGCAAAAUAUUAUGCCAAUGGAAAGGUUGCUGUUGACUUUUAUGGUUGAAGCCCUGUUUGACUUAGAGGUCUGAGUUAUGAUCAGUGUGGAGAAAUAGGGAAGAAAGACAAACAGAUAACAAAUAAGAAAUAUCUUUUAAAAAUUAUUUGUUAUUGGAAAGGCCUCUGGGUCUCUUAUGAAUUGAAAUAUGUUCUGCAGGGAAAAUUUUGUCUAAAUCCUGGUUGGUUUUGUUUGUUUUCCUAUUAAACGAUAGAGAAACAGACAUUAACUAAGCAUUUUGUUAGCUAAAGAAUUUUGAGAACAUGAUUACACACUGUCCCUUGGAAUUACUGUUCUUUUACCUUAAGCUUUUAGAAGUUUUCCACAAUUAUUUGUGCUUUAUAAGCAAUAGAUGGGCUUAGAAUUUGCUUUUUGAUUCCCUCAAAUUCCUUAGCUGUUGUAGCUUUGGAGUCCUUGAGCUUUGCAUGCACUAUGUGAAACAUCACGCUUGUAUUAAAACCAUGAUGCUGCUCUCAAAAUUAUAUAGUGUUCCAGUCACCCUACUGACUGUCUGACUGUCAAGAAUUCCGAAUUUCUUGCCAGUUCAGUGGUGGAAUCUAACUCAUCUUUUCUUUCAGUUUGUUUUUCAGUGUGGUUCACUUUCUCCUUAACCUGGGGACAAGUAAAAGUUCACAGCAAAGAGAAAAACAGAGAGAAACAAAACUUUCCUGAAGGAGUGGGGAAUGAAUGAGAAAACUUUUUAAAGUGACCACCUAGGGACAAGGAGAACUUUUAAAAAGUGGAUUUGAAGUAAAGGCAAAAGCAGUUUCACUGUGGAAUGUUUAGACUUGUCACUUUAUGAGACUGCUUAUGUUAGGAGAGGGGUUUUAAUCCUUUCCUUUGCUCAUUUCACUCAACCCAUUCUUGAAAUCCAGCAGUCAAUGACUGUGCAGUUUCUCAAAUUCAAAUCGCAUGAUAAUUUUCUUCUAUGGCAAAAUUAAUCCAGUUACAAUUGAUGGCAAAGUACAAUCAUUGUGUAAGGAACUACAUCCCUCCCUUCAACACCUUUUAUAAUCACCUUUUGAAAUUUCACUCUAUAUUCUGUAUAUUUGCUAUUUUCUCCAGCUAUAACAGGUAUUUUAGGCAACCUGUGUGGCUACUGUAAUAGUAAAGUCACUGAAAUUUUGCUGAAUAAAAGGCCUGCCAUAUGAUUUCAAAUGGUAUAAUUCUAGGUAGAACUGUCUAUGCAAAGUGUUUUUUUCUGUGACUUAUUUUCUGAAGAUGACAAUGAGAAGGUUGAUACUUGGUUUUAUUUGUUUAACAUAUUUUAGCUGCCAAAGCCCACAAGACAAGCAGCAAAUAGUUGUGCUUCUGCACUCUUCCAUUGCAUGCUGAAGUUUAUUUGAAAUUAAGUAGAGCCAGAGAUUCCCACUGGAUGUGGAUGUAGUAUUUAAUUUCACUAAAACAACUAGCUGUAUGUUUGUUUUCAAAAGACAUCCUUUGAAAGUACAUGCUUAUUAGAAUUUCAUAAUUCAAUGACUGAUGCUGGAGGACUCUUUGUACUCCUUGAUGAACAACUUCUGUUCUAGGUCUCAGGAUACCAUAGUUUCAUGAUGAGCUAGGUCUCUUAUUUGUAGCAAAUAACUUAUUCAGGGAGUUCAGCCUUACUGCAGGUGAAUGAUCCAUAAGCCCAAACUGAUGACUACAGAUGUGGUUACUGUCCUGAUGGGGUGAAAAUUGUAUAUCUAUCUAUCUGUGGACUAUUACUUGCCUACCUAGAUAAAAAAUCAAAAGUAUAUUAAAGACAGCAUAGUUUAUACUUCUUUUCAAUGUGAAAAAGAAUAUAUUGCUAUGCAAUACUGACCAAUGUUCUUUUCUAUAAAUAUACUUCUGAAAAAAAGUAGCAAAACAUCUAUAUAAAAAUUGGUGGAUAGAACUGGGAAUAUUUCUAAACAAAUUCACAGUUGUAGUAAACAGAAAGGUCAUAUUUUUCAUUUGAAUCAUGUUUCCCCCAGUUCUAAUUGCUAUCCAGCUGCAAAAGAGUUAACAUCUUUCAAUGUACAAGAUGAUUUGGGAUAUUAUAUAAAUGAGUGGUUUACAGACAAAAUCUUAUGCACCUUCCAUUGUAUAUUGCUAAUAGCUGAGAAAUGUACUGAAAAGAUUGCUGAGUGGAAUACAGCAAGAGUUUCAGGUGAAAUUAUGUUAAAAGCAGUAUCACAACACUUCAGUGCCCAGUGCUUGGGUUCCUUCUAAAUACUUAUUUAUUUACAAAAAAGUCCUCAUUUGCACAGUCUCACUAUAACAAGUGUUCCUUGCAUGGAGCUUCCCGACAGAAGUAAACACCUGAUGAAUGCAUGGACUUUGUGUUAACAGGUUCUUAUUGGAGAAAUUAGUAUUGAAUUUCUUCAUAAGAAUAUUUAGGGAUUGGGUUACUUUGGACUGAAAAGAUACUAGCAGUUUGUAAGCCAAUAAAGGACUACGAUGGAUGUCAUUUAAAACAGAAAAAUUGAGUAACUUAUGCUAUUUGUAGUAGUAGUUCAGUAGUUCAGCUAUGUUUUUUCUCUAAAUCGCUUUCUCUUUUCGUGAGAGAAAAUUUCUCCCUCUGAAAAAUGUAUCAGUUUUAAUUUAGCAAACAGAAGAACUUUAUGCAUAUUGUAUUGUUGUUAUGGUUUUAAGGGUCUACAUAAGGCACUUUAUUAAUGAUAUCGAAGUGGAAGUUCAGUCUCAGCUUUUGACAGUAAAGUGGUUAAUUCCCAUUGAAUUCUCCAUUUAUAGACUUCUUCACCUUAAAUUAGAAUAUAGAGAUAUUAAGUUUUUUUCUUUAGAACACAAGAAUAAUGGUUUUACUCAUGACUUAUCUUUCCAGCUUAGUGGAAAAACAAAACAGAAACGAGUGCCAAAACCAAAAGUAACUCUCUGAGCCUCAUAAAAUCCUGCUUGAUGCUCUCUUCUAAAUGCAGAGAUAAUCCUAGGAAGCUGAUGAUCACUCCUUCCCUGAAAUCUACUGAACAGGGCACUUUGUAUCCCAGAUGAUACUACAGGCAAUACUGAAACAUUUGUCAUUAAACUUUUGUACAUCAUAGAAUGUCUUACUCUUUAAAAGGACACUGACUAGUAGUCCAUAUGGAAAACUAGUACAAAAGAGAUUUGGCAAGCUUUUAUUAUAUUGGGGCGUUGUGGAAAUGUGCCUCAUGAGAGCUGAAUUCUGUUCCUCUCAGAAACAGAUAAGUUACUAAACAAAUUGUUAUCAUCAGUUGGUCCCAAAUAUCUGAAGAUGAUCUUUCUUAAUACUAGUUGUAACUGAGACAUGCACACUUGGUUCUGUUCUGUGUUUGGUAUACUUUCUAUCUUUAACAUGGAAAAAUAGAUGGUUUGAAAUCUGCGUUAUCUGUUUUUUGCAAUCUGCCAUGUUGCACGCAUUGUUAACUUCAAAACCUCACUAUACACUAUAUAUUAUCUUGUUGACAUAUUCAGUAAAGAGUUAUUUAAAAAAUACAACAAUCCUACUGUAUUUAUAUGAGCAAGUUAAUUAAAAAACUGAUGUGAAUAUCUGAAAGGGAAAACAGAAUAAGACCAAUAUCAAACUUCUUUAGUUUCAUUCCUAGAAAUAUUUUCAAAUGUUCCACUGUGUGUCCACACUUUCUUCAGAUUCUGAAAGAUGAAGAUUUUUGUCUUCUGUAUCUCAGAGAGUUAAACCCUUUGUUACAUCAAUUUCUCAUAUUUAAUCUUAUCUUUACAAGAUUAUCACAUUCUGAUAUGCAUGUAGGAAAGCACUAUAAAACAAGAACAGGUUGCAUUCCAGUGUUUGCAAUUAAUAGGUACACCUAAGCAACUACACAUAUUUAUACAAUAUAUAUAUAUAUAUCUGUGGAAGCUGGGACCCAUUAUAUGCAUAGUCAUUUGAAAGACACAUUAGACAUUCAUCCUUGAAAAUCUUAAACCUGCCUUUUACUUAUUACUGUCUAUUUAACCUGUCUCUUUGAAAUCAAAUGUGAUUUUUUCCCCUUCAAAAUUGUUCUUGAAUUUUCAGAAUGAACAACAUUCAGACAUAGGCCUUAAUAAAUUUUUUUGUAUCUUAUACGUAACAUAUAUGGCAAUACAUACAUUACAUAUAAAGAGGUGCUUUAGCUACUUAGAAAUUAUAAUUACCCCUCUUCUAGUUACAUAUACAAUAACUAAUUUUUGGCUUUGCCAGAAUCAGAAAUAUUGAAUGUUACAAGCUGUGUGAUUUCAAAGCUUAAAUAUUGCUGAGUGUCACAGUUCCUCUGUAAAUUAUCUUAUUCUCUGUCUUAACCCUGAAUACCAGCUGAAACAGUGCACUGAGAGCAGCUGUGCAAUACAUCCACAUCUAGGUCCUCUCCUUUAUAUGCUUCCCAGAGCUUGAUGUUUCUUCUGAGUCAGAUUAGACCUCUGCAAUUAAACUUUCUUGCCUUACCACUGGAAUGUGGACAGUAGAGGUAAAGUGAAUGAUAAACACUUGUGAUCAUUUCUGUAUUCUGGAAAAAAAAAAAAAAAAAAGUCAUCAUAAUUUUCAGUUGAUGACUAUAUCAUAUAAAAUUUUAAUAACACUGAAUGGUUUAUCUUAGUUGAGGUCAGUCUUCAUAUUUCCUUUUUACAGUUCUAAGGUCAGUUAUCUGAAGCUGGUCACACACAUGUGCGUGUGUGUAUAAAUACCUGGGAUUAUAUACAGAGGAUUUAGCUACAAGGAACCCCCAAAGCAAGCACAUGGAGGAGCAGUUUUCAUUAUUGUUCAAUCAACAUUUUAAAUUGUAUCACUUUAAAAAGGGUUCUUCUGUCUUAUAAUAAGAGUUAUGAUGUCACAUGGAGAAAUGAUGAUCAGUCACCAAAGUAUGAAACAGGUAUCUUAAUUCUACUUGAAGUGCCAGUGUCAGUGAAGGCUCUAACUAAAAAUCACUAAAAUACUUCUAUUGUUGAAUUUUUUAACAAUAAUUUGCAUUCCCAAAACAAAUUUGCACACUCUUAUGGUGAAAUUCUGACACAAUUAAUUUCAACCAUAAAUCAGGAUAUUUAUAGAAAUAAUAUACCUAUUAAAAGCAUUAUUUAAAAACAUCAGCUAAGUGAGGCACCAGACCUAUGUAUGUCUUUUGAAAAGCUCAGGAAGGGAUGAAAUACACUUUACAGAAAAUAAGGGGGAAGAGAAGUAUGUACUGAGCAGCAGCAUGCAAUGUAAAGCCACACAAGAUGUCGAUACUUAAAGCCAUGAACAGGAUGCUGAGCGCACCAAGAAUGUUAUUUAUACAUAGACACACAUAUUUUCUGUUUGUAACUCCAUAUUAUGGGUAACAUAUAUGCCUGCAAAAAUGCAUGUAUGAAUAUUAAGAGUUUAUAGUAUAGUUACACUUUGGUGGGGACAUCUUAGAACAAGAAGAAUCUUGACUCUGUGCGCCUUCCUCUGUAUAGAAAGUGUUCAUGUGUAGAAGGAACUCUCAAAUUAAGAACAGAAGUCAUGCUGAUUACACUGUUGUGUUUUCCAGAGAGUAGAAUGCCUUGAAGAGUGAAGACAAUGUAUAAACUAUUAUGGAAAAUCCAGCUGAAAUGCAUGUGUGUUUACAAAUUUAACGUGCUCUGCAGAAGCGAGAUGUCUCCAAGAUGAAUACUAGUCAGAGUGCUAAGUUGAACGUGACAAUUCUUGAAAAGCACAAUUGCCUGAUAGAUUCUGUUAAAAAUAUAUAUUUAUUGAGUGAAAUCAAUAAUUCCACUCCAAUAAACUUUCAGCAGAUGAUCACACAGAUAAAAUUAUUUGUGAUGAAGAUUGGAGCAAUGUGUCUAGAGAUGGAAUGCUGUAAUUUUCAUGCUUUGAAGCUGCCUCCUUGAUGAAGAAAAGGCAGGUUUUGUUCUGUGAAGACAAAAUACAGUCAUAAUGAUGGACAGAACAUAGAGAUACUCUUCUUUACUGAUAUUUAUGCACAUUUAAAAGGAUGCAUACAUGUGCUCUAUCCACAUAAAUUUGUGAAAUAAUUUUAAAUUUCCUUUACAAUUUUCAGACACUUCAAAUGAGAUCCAGUUUUAACACAUGUACAGUAUUUCAGAACAUUUGAAUCCUCAGAAAUUAUUGCAAUCUCUUUCAAUUGAUACAAUCAAGAAAACAUGAUGAAAUGAAGAUUUACAGAAAGUACAUAGUACCUUCCAAAAAGCUUUAGCCAUGACUAAAAAAAUUAAGAAAGAAAGAAGACAGCUGUUAAAUUAGCAUAUCUUUGUACUUCUAUUUAAAUGGUAAGUCCUUCCAAAUUUCUAACACACUCAUUUUAAUGCUGAACUUUGGUUUGACUUGCAAGUCAAAUGAAUUAAAUGACAAAAGGCUGAACUCAUAUACCUUAAAAAACUAGUUUGUGUAUUCACAGUUCAGGAACCAAUACGUAGUCUCUUGCUCUGUGAGUUAUAACACAAAUGUUAAUAAUUUUUUGCCAUUAAAGAAACAUGUUAAGAAAA